AUGACAUUUUGUAGGAAACAUAUUUUGCUUCAGGUAAAAAAUUUUAAUAUUCAAGGAAUUAGCAAAGAAAAAUGUGCAAAAAGAAUGGAGGAAAUACAAAAUUUGCUUAAGAAUAAUAUAAUCAAAGGUGAAAUAAAUCUAACUGGCACCAGUGAUCACAUCAAUAUCCUUGCAUCACCAUUAUCGUCAUCACCCUCAAUUGUUAAAAAUAAAAGAGAUUUGAAUAGAACAAUGACUUUGAAUAAUGCAAUAGACAUUGUAAAUCAAUAA